AUGAUUGCUACAGGCAACAAAAGACUGCAAAUAUGGGGUCAAAAAACUCGAAUUCGAGAAGGCAACCUUUGCAAUCUUCGUUUCAGAAGUCAGACGGGGAUAAAAAGAAUUCGUAAAGUAGGAAAUUGCCUUACAAAGGAAAUAAUUACUUUAGGAAGUUCAGAUUUUUCUUCUGAUUAUUCUGAUGAAGCUGAUAACUUUGAUAAUCCCGAUAAUUAUAUACGCACGCCCGGUGGUUGCUCAGCAACCGAAAAUCCUUAUGAAGAGAGGAUAUUGUAA